UGCAGUGGCUCUGGUUACCCUAAUGAACACAUCCUCAAUGCUGGUGUCAUGGUAGGUGCUUACUGUGGUGGCCAUGAUGAACCACCAGAGCGUCACAUGACAGUGUCACUUGACUGUAUGAAGUCUCUAAUGGAUGGUGUUGAUCAUAUCAAUCACGAUCUGUCCUUCUCUCUCGACAUUGUCUGUAAAGAUUUUGAACCUUAUAAGGGUGACCUGGUAGAAAUUGAGUUUUCGGAACAGGGAGACCCACUGAGCAGAAAGGCCAUCUCGGUGAAGCCUCUGAAACACUAUCAUAUAAACGAGGUUUGCAUUACCAGAGCAGACGGACGAACUGGGGUGUUAGAAGACAUCAUCUUUUUCACCUUGGAUUCUCUGAAACUUCCUUCUGGAUAUGUGCCUCAACGAGAUGAUAUUGUCAAUGUGGUUGCAGUACAGAGCAUUCAAUCCCCCUAUUUCUGGAGAGCAAUCACAAUGACCCCAGUACAAGUAUCAUAG